GACGUGCCCUCUAUAUGAGGUUGGGGAGCGGCUGAGUCGGCCUUUUCCGCCCGCUCCCCCCUCCCCCCGAGCGCCGCUCCGGCUGCACCGUGCUCGCUCCGAGCUCCGGGCUCCUGCUAGGCUAGCGCCGCUGCCGUCUCCCUCCAGCCGCCAUCAUGAUCAUCUACCGGGACCUCAUCAGCCAUGAUGAGAUGUUCUCCGACAUCUACAAAAUCCGGGAGAUCGCGGACGGGCUGUGCCUGGAGGUGGAGGGGAAGAUGGUCAGUAGGACAGAGGGUAACAUUGACGACGCGCUCAUUGGUGGAAAUGCCUCCGCUGAAGGCCCCGAGGGCGACGGUACUGAAAGCACAGUAGUCACUGGUGUCGAUAUUGUCAUGAACCAUCACUUGCAAGAAACUAGCUUUACAAAAGAAGCCUACAAGAAGUACAUCAAAGAUUACAUGAAAUCAAUCAAAGGCAAACUUGAAGAACACAGACCAGAAAGAGUAAAACCUUUUAUGACAGGUGCUGCAGAACAAAUCAAGCACAUCCUUGCUAAUUUCAAAAACUACCAGUUCUUUAUUGGUGAAAACAUGAAUCCAGAUGGCAUGGUUGCUCUGCUGGACUACCGUGAGGAUGGUGUGACCCCAUAUAUGAUUUUCUUUAAGGAUGGUUUAGAAAUGGAAAAAUGUUAACAAAUUUGACUAUUUGGACCUGUCACCUGUCGUCAUAACUGGCUGCUGCUUUUCAUCCACACACCACCAGGACUUAGACAAAUGGGACUGACGUCAUCUUGAGCUCUUCAUUUACUUUGACGUUGAUUUAUUUGGAGUGGAGGCAUUGUUUUAAAGAAAAACAUGUCAUGUAGGUUGUCAAAAAAUAAAAUGCAUUUAAACUCA